CAUGGAGGACGUGUGCGCUAAGUUUGUGUCGCAGAAGAUCAGCAAGACGCGCUGGCGGCCCCUGUCCGCCGCCGCGCUCAAGCCCCCCGACCUCUUCGCCACCGGCUCCUGGGACAACGAGGAUAACAGGAUCUCCAUUUGGUCUGUUGGAGAUUUUGGAAAUGUGGGCCUCCAUGGGGAAUAUCAAGGAGAACCUCAGCUGCUGUGUGACAUCAGACACAACGGUGAUGUUAUGGACAUGCAGUUCUUGGAUCAAGAGAGAAUUGUGGCUGCUUCAUCAACAGGAACUGUAACUGUAUUCCGUCAUCAUCAAAAUAACCACACUUUAUCUGCCAACCAGUGGUGGGAGAAAGCCCAUUAUCAUGUGGAUCAAGACACAUCUUGUGGUGGAGCAGCAUGUACUGGAGUCAUCUGCAACAACCCAGAAAUUGUCACUGUUGGAGAAGAUGGUAGAAUAAAUCUCUUCAGAGUUGACCAGAAGGAUGCAGUAAGAACUAUAGACAAUGCAGACAGCAGUACACUCCAUGCAGUGACUUUCCUUCGCACAACGGAGAUCUUGACAGUAAAUUCAAUUGGACAGUUAAAAAUAUGGGACCUCAGACACCAAAGAAAUGAGCCGUCUCAAAUAUUUUCUUUGACAGGUGACAGAGUUCCGCUGCACUGUGUGGACAGGCAUCCCAAUCAGCAGCACAUUGUGGCCACAGGGGGCCAGGAUGGGAUGCUGAGUGUAUGGGACAUCAGGCAAGGUACUAUGCCAGUGUCCCUCCUAAAUGCUCAUGAAGCAGAAAUGUGGGAAGUUCACUUCCAUCCCUCCAACCCCGAUCACUUAUUUACAUGUUCUGAAGAUGGAUCUCUUUGGCACUGGGAUACUUCCACAGACAUAGCUGAAAAAACAUCUUUUCUUCAUCAAGGAGGAAGAAGUACUACCUGUUUUUCCCACAGUACCAUUAACCAGUCUGUAGUAAGUGCCUGGCUAAGCAACGAUCCUACCAAAGACCGCAUGGAAAUCACCAACUUAAUUCCAAAUCAGACUUUGUCUGUGAAUAGUUUAGAUGUUUUAGGACCAUGUCUAGUAUAUGGUACAGAUGCAGAGGCUAUUUAUGUCAACAGACAACUUUUUGCAUGAAAGGACUCCAGUAUCCCUUUGAAGUACUGAUGACCUUGAACUACUGGGAAAUGUCAGGUUCAUUCUUAAUGAUACUCAUUAGUCUGUUAUCAGUGUGUGGGGGAGAGGUGUAGAGCUUGGUCCUGGUACUGCAGAAGAAAUGUAAGGUACCUCAGAUUGACAGCUGUCACUUGUUAUUGAUGCUUCAGAAUGGGUAACUUGAGGGAGCUUACGUGUAAGCUCGUUUCUCCCCUGGUGCCUGUCUGUUUUUGGUAAGCUGGAAGGUAGCCACCAGGGCAAGAUACUUGCUGUAAACUGAUGUCCAUAAUACACAUAUGCAGAUGAAGAAAAGGUAAACCCCCGAUGUUUUGUUGUUUUUUUUUUUUUUUUUUCCCCCAUAAAGAUAUUUUUCAAGUAUUAAUUCUAAGGCCAAACAGCGGGGUUCUUUGAUUUUUUUUUUUUUAUGUCACCUGAGAGAGAUGGGGUUUUUUAAGCUGAGUUUUUUAAUAUAUUGAGGAGAACAAACUUCUUAUAUUAGUUCAUGCAUUUUGGAAAGGAAAACUGUUAAAGCUAUGAAAUGUGAAAGGUUCUAUGGGAAUCUUUCCAUUUUAGUAACAUUUUGGAUUAUGUACAGCUUCAUUGUAGAUGCAGCAUGUUAAAACUUGAUCUUGAUAAUGUGCUGGUAACUCAACAGGAAAGUGUUUUUUAUAGUUGAGGUCAUAAUUAACAGAUAUGUUGGCUGUGUUUUCAGGAGAGAAAGACUUUCUAAACUUCAGGCACAGUCUUUAUCACACUCAGAAUUUUACAUCUGGUCUGUUGCAAUCUUUGAAAAGUUAAAUUUUAUGAUUAGUGUUGUACCUACCCUUUGUUGCAGAGAACCCUGUCUCUUUUUAAUAAAAAGUUUUGCGCAAGAA